UUAGGAGGUCUCAGCGAUUCGUUUUGCUUGUGAGAGUAGAGAUUGAGAGGCUGAUCCAUCGGGAGGGGAAGGAUGACGAGCACGGGAGCCGGCUCCCUCGCUACAGCCAUUCCCCAUCUCCUCCGCCGCCGCCGCCCUUCCAUCUCUUCGCCUGCGCUCUCUCUCAACCCGCUGCUCUUUGGCAGCCGCGUCACCGCCGCUCCUCCCCUCUCCUCCCAGCGGCGGAGAGGGCAUUGGCUCCCGCUCUCCGCUUCGAGGCAGCGGCGGGGGCGGCAGAGUGGAGCAGAGGACGAAGAUGACGCGUCGGUGGAGGGGGCUGAGGAAGAGGAGGAGGUGGAGGACGGGGAUGAAGCGGCGAUGCCGUUUCAAGAGAUGAGGCAGUGGCUCCGUAACAAGCCGGCCGGGUUCGGAGAGGGGAGGGCGUACGACACCAGGUUGGAGGAUGAGCUGUGGGAGGAGAUGGAGCGGAGCAGGAAAGUCCUGCUCGCCAGCGCCAAUAAACUCAAGAACGAGCCCGCGAAGAGCGAUGGCACAGCCAAGGCGAAGCAAGAACCGUUACUGAAGGCAGCAGAUGAAGUUCCAUGUGGUUUUCGUGUGCGUGUCCGGAACCUUCCCAGGAAGAAGAACAUACAUAGAGAUUUGCAGCGGGCUUUCCAAGGGUUUCCUGAUCUUGUUAGUAUAAGUCCUGCAGUUAUUGGGAACCAAAAAACUCGUGAGCCGAUCUGCAAGGGUUUUGCAUUCGUGGACUUUGCAUCUGAGGAGGCUGCUAGUAGGUUUGUACAAGUAUAUUCCAGGAGAAGUGUGUGUUUUGGUAAAGUGGAGAAACAGAUUGCCUGUGAUGUCAUAAGCCCGCAUGGUACUUCCAACUCCUCGGAGCAAUGCGAUGAUGAUGCUCUGGGGUUUACUCAACCAAAUUCCAGAGAGGCAGGAGAUAUGAUAACAUCCGACGUCCAAGAGAGGGCAUUUGAUGAUGUAGCUGUUGGUACAAAAGUAAUAGAAGAGUCUGAAGCAGCAACGUCACCCAAGAGAAAAAAGGAGAGUCUGUUGACACAUUUCGAAGAGAGAGAACAUCUUAACAUCCCGGUUACAGAUAAUGUGGAUAAUGAAAGCAAGACAAUGAUAAAAACUUCAGGCCUGAAUAAUUCUGUGCCUCCAAUGCAGAAACAGCAGAAAAAGACAUCUUCAAAAAAGAAGGCAGUCAAAACAUACUUAGUGAAGGCUUCAAAACCGAGCUUACCUGGUUCAGUGGCCAGGUUAAAAAUCAAGGAGAAGACGAUACUAACCGGUGUGUUCUCCAAGUACAGCAGAAAGGUUGCUUCAGGGAGUUAAUUCAGCAGCAUUACUGUAAAUCAUUCUGGUAUCUGUUCUAUUAUCGAUGACCAUGAUAGAUAUCAGUGCCUGCGACCACAUGAAUUAUAUAACAUGGUUCAUCUUGGUUGCAUGA